CAGUGUCACUUGACCCAGUGUCCAGCCAACUCUGCAGCUCAGUUCAGCCCUGCCCUUGGGAAAAGGGGGAGGGGCAGGAAAGGCUUUUCUGGGGCUCCAUCAAAGAAGAACUUGUAUUUUUCUGAGAAUGAUGCUCCCUGACCUUGGGGUGUGCCCGUCUCUGGCAAAGGGCGGAACCCCUAGAUGUGCCCCAGAGUCAUCCCGCCGCAGGAUUCCGGUAUCCGCCUGGUUAGCCGGAGUGGGCCUGCUGAUAGCCUUUCUUAGCACGCUCGGCUGCUCUGCCCGGGCCCCAGGUUUGAGCAUGGCAGAAGGGGACACCUUGGUAUCAGUGGAUUACGAAAUUUUUGGGAAGGUGCAAGGGGUGUUUUUCCGCAAGUACACUCAGGCUGAGGGUAAAAAGCUAGGAUUGGUAGGCUGGGUCCAGAACACUGACCGGGGCACAGUACAAGGACAAUUGCAAGGUCCCAUCUCCAAGGUGCGUCGCAUGCAGGAAUGGCUUGAGACAAAAGGAAGUCCCAAAUCGCACAUUGACAGAGCAAAUUUCAGCAAUGAGAAAGUCAUCUUGAAGCUGGAUUAUUCAGAGUUCCAAAUUGUGAAAUAAUGGCCUGAAUUUAAAUUUUCCAAGAAAAACUCAGUUUUGGUUUUUAUUAUUAAUAUAAAACUAUUCUGUGUUCAAUAUUAGAAUUAGUUAUUUUUGUAUCAAAUAUUUGUAACUGCAUGUUACAUGUGUGAUGGAACACAACUUUACACAAUUCUAAUAAAACACUUUAGAACCAUGUA